AUGGCUCCCUCCGCCGUCGAAACCCAGGACGUCAACCUGACAGCCGCAGCCAUCCACAAGAAAGAACACGCCCAACCUGCUGCCACCACCACACAAGCUCCCCUCGACGCUUCAAAGCUCACAUACACCUACACCCAAAACCCUCGCUCCGUCCCCGAUGAAGCAAACGCCCACUCCGGCGACGAGACCAUCGCCACCGACCACAUGGUCCUCGCCGCCUGGAAGCAAUCCACCGGCUGGGCCGCUCCCGAACUCAAGCCCUACGGCCCCCUGAGCCUCAUGCCCACCGCUUCCGUUCUUCAUUACGCGACUGAGUGCUUCGAGGGCCUCAAGGUGUACCGCGGCUAUGAUGGAAAGCUGCGAAUCUUCCGUCCUGACCGCAACGCCGCUCGUCUUCGCAUGUCGUCUACCCGUAUUUCUCUUCCCAGCUUUGAGCCCUCCGAGAUCGAGAAGCUCAUGAUUUCUCUGCUCUCCGUUGACGGAACCAAGUGGCUCCCCGCCGACCGCGCAGGAAGCUUCCUGUACAUCCGCCCCACCGUCAUUGGAACUGCUCCCCAGCUUGGUGUUUCUGCUCCCAAGGAAGCCCUCCUGUACAUCAUUGUGACUUUCAUGCCACGCAUGGACGCUCCCCCCGGUGGAAUGCGCCUGCACACAUCCCCAGACGAUAUGGUGCGCGCCUGGGUCGGCGGUUUCGGUUACGCCAAGGUGGGCGCCAACUACGGCCCAUCUCUGCUCGCCACGGCAGAUGCGCGAACCCGUGGAUUCCACCAGAUUCUCUGGCUAUACGGAUCCCAGGGUGAGUGCACUGAAGCUGGCGCCAGUAACUUUUUCGUUGUCUGGAAGCGAAAGGACGGCAAGAAGGAGAUCAUCACUGCUCCUCUUGACGACAAGCUGAUCCUCGACGGUGUUACCCGUCGCAGCUGUCUGGAGCUGAUUCGUGAGCGUCUUGGUGAUGAAUAUGAGAUUACUGAGCGAAAGUACACCAUCUCUGAGGUCAUGGAGGCUGAUGCUGAGGGCCGUCUGCUCGAGUCUUUCGCCGCUGGCACUGCCUACUUCAUCUGCCCCAUUUCCCAGAUUCACCACCGCGGAAAGGACAUCAACAUCCCCAUGGGCGCCGAGGGCGAAGCCGGUGAGGUGACCAACAAGGUCAAGGGCUGGCUGGGCGACAUCAUGUAUGGUCGCACCGAGCACCCCUGGGGCGUUGUCAUCCCCGAGAAGAAGCAGUAA